UCCCCAUUCUUCCCACUACUUCUACUACUCCUAUCUCGGUUCUAUUUUACUGAUUUGAUCACCGACCACUGUCUACCCUGUCUAUAGAACCUACACACGUUCCUCGUUGACACUCCAUCGUCACCAUGCCUUUCACUGCUUCUGAUAUCUGCAAGAUCCUCUUCGCGAUCAUCCUCCCUCCCUUGGGUGUUUUCCUUGAGCGGGGAUGCGGUGCUGAUCUCCUCAUCAACAUCUGUUUGACCAUUCUGGGUUGGAUUCCUGGUAUCAUUCACGCUCUGUACAUUAUAUUCAAGUACUAGACAGCUCUCCACAUCUCUGUCGCCAUGCCCGUUUUGGUUCACAGCGCCCGGUCGAAAAGAAUUACAUCGUUCUGCGGUUAAUAGCAUGAGAUACCAGCUUUUGUGAUCGAACUCGCGACCAUGAUGUUGUCAGCACUGUUCCGCGGCGCUCCGGCCCAAGCCACCCUAAAGUGACCCCACUACUUGGCAACCCCCGUGUAUCCAUUCUUCGACUGCGACGGCGCUAAGCGGUCUGCAACGCUGCUUGCUCGCUGCGAUGGCGUUUUGGAUUGUUCCUAAUUCCCUUUAUUCUCAUGUUAACCAUGCUCUGUUUUUUUCUUUCU